AUCUCACUACAGAAAUUAGAGGAGAGAGGAUCAGGUUUGUGGAAGCUAUGCAACAAGCCACUAGCGUCAACGUCCAAUUACACGUGGAAGAAUUCAAAAAGGUUCUCUCGGCAGAAGUUCAUCGGUCCAUGCAAGAACUUGGUCAAUUGAGAGAACAAAAAAGAGCUUUGGAACAUCAAAUAUCAGAUUUGUUCGCUUUGAAAGCUAAACAUGGUUCUGGUAGUGGAGAUAACUCAAGACGAAACUCUGCGGCUCCUCCUACGCCUACACCUCUCUCACCUGGACGGGCUUCGAGAGGUAUACCGUCCGCUCCUGGGAGAUGAUCCCCCAACUCUCGACCCUGUCGAUCGAGAACAUGUCCCGUGGACUGUCACUAUCGACAACGAUAGUCGUGACAUCGUUUGACGGACAAUGAUAAUGUCAACUCCUGACACUGUCUCGGAGGUUCAUCACAUUGACAUAUGUCCUCUGCUCUGCUCCAGGGGCCAACCGAGACGAACGUCCCAGGACAUGAGGUCGGACACCGUUGGACGAACUUCAUCGGAGGUUCUGCCAUAGGAGAUGGACCCAGAUGAAAGACAAGGUAUCUACUAGAUUCACUUUCAUGGAAGGACGAGCGAGUGGUCUUGGACAAUAAUCAUCUAUAUUCUAAGUGCAAAUUUUGGGUACAUAAUCGUAAUGUAGCAUGACAAUAUCUGACAACAGUCAAAGUAUAACAAUGUAUUUGUUCUAAUG